AUGUCUCUUGAGCCCAUCAAUGCCGAUCUGCGCGAAUCCUUCGAGCUUCACCGGUCUCGCGUUCUGCAGCUAAGACGAAAUUGCCUCGCGAGAUUAUUCGAAAUCCUCGAGAUAUCAACCGACACUACUGAUCCAGAGGAGCUGGAUAUCAUUCGCGCCGAGGAAUGGCCCAACAACACCGUUGAUCGCUUGACCGCACCCAUUGCAAGCAGCGCGGACCUUUAUGCCCAGGUCACGGAUGGCACGAAACCGCCUCUACCAGAAGAGGAACGCCUGCAGAUGUUCACCGAAAUUGAAUCAAUCCUUCGAGACCGUGCUACUACAGAUACUGAUCCUGUGACUCUUCCUGAAGACUUCAAACAACUCUGUGCGCUCACGGACUCGCUACAAGGACCCGCUUUGCCAAUCACCAAUUCUCAGAUUCCUCGUGCAUUCAAUGGCUUGCGAACACCCUUGGCGUCGCUCAAACAUCCUUUUCUCUCGCCUGAACAGUCCAAGGAUUCGACCGGUCUGUGGACUUUGGAUUACGAGACUUCUGUGGUCUUGGACAUGGGCGAUGUGUCAGGUGGUGUUGGUGGUGGUUCCUGGCUGUGUUGGUGCAAGGAAAAUGGCACGGAUGCUUGGACUUGGAGAUGGGCCACACGUGUUGGUAAUGUACAACCACCUGUCGUGUAUGAGGAUGUCAAAGACUUGUUAGACAACUACUGCAAGCGAUACGUGGACGCUGUUGCCUCGUCCUACGACGGUGAUAUCGGUCAGAACGAACUGUUGUAA